CAUGAUCUCCAUUAAUCACAACUGGGUCAAUGGCUGCAACUUGGGCCACAUGUGGCUCUUCCUGCAGCAGGAACUCCUUGCAGUGCAGCAGGAAGUCAUCGAGUGGAAGGAGAGCAUGCCCGACUGGCACCACCACUGCCAGGUCAUUAUGAGGUCCUGUAUUGGGAUCAAUUUUGAAGAAUUUUACCACUUCCUCGAGGUCAUUGCCAAAAGGAGGCUCAAUAGCCUAACCAAGGGAAUGGACCCUGGCGAGGCUGAGCACAGUGAGGACACUGGGGUGGGCCUCCAGCAGGCUGCUUUCAACAUCAGCCGCAUUGCUGAGGUUCUGGCUUCUGUGGUGACUCACCCCGACUUCCAGAGAGUGGACACCAGCGCAUUCUCACCACAGCCAGAGCAGCUUCUGCAGCAGCUGGAACAGGCUGUGGCCAGCACCGCAUCCCUGUAGUGACUGCCAUGGGGACUGGAGAUGGCGUUUGGGGGCAACAGUGUGGAUGGCGGCACAGGGCUCU